AUGUGCGCAAGUAAAAACACCCCCGUUACUGUCCACCCAGCCUCUGAUAUCGCAGUGAUUUGGCGAGCGGCGAUCGAUCGCUAUGAGCGUAAUAGCAUGACCAAAGUCGAUUUUUUACCAACCGCAAAGUCUGUGGAUGACUUGGUAGACACUCUGUCAGACAAAGAAUCAUCAUUCAAGAAGUUCAGGCACAGUGGUUCAAAAUUUGAUAAAUUCAGGAUACUUUUAACGAAGUUCAUGAACCGCAUCAACUUCGUAAGUGAUGUGGUUGCGCAGGCAGCUGUCAAUGCUUCUCCUCCUAGCGUCGCAAUAUUCAUAGCUCUGCGUUUUUUCAUGGGCGCGAUUAGUUCAGUAUCGGCCGACUACGAUAAGAUCAUUGAGUUUUUUGAAGACGUAGACUCUUACCUCAGCCGACUUAAAGUCCUUAAGUUGGGCGAGAUGGACAUGUCAAGCAUACCGGAGCUUAAGGAUAUUCUGAUACAAGUCCUCGUGUCAGUUUUGGAUAUUCUUGGCAUUUCUGCGAAGUAUAUCAAAAAGAAGCGAAUUGGUGAGGAUGAUGAAUUGGCCGUUGCAUAUACUCGCUUCCAUAAAGCAAUCGACAGCGAAGCAGGUAUCAUCAGGAAUGCUACACUUGCAAUGUUAAACCAGCAGUCAAAGGCAGCAGCCCAUAGUAGCCGCAUUCUAGAGGAGAAGACAGAACGUGUAGAAAAGCUUCUUCUAAGCAGAGAGGCCGCCGAUGAACGUGACAAGAUUCUCGAAGCACUAUCAACGCGAAGCUUCCAUGAAAAGCAAAGAGACACAUUCGAAAAGCGCUCAGAGGCCACUGGACAGUGGAUACUGGAAAGUACCGAGUUCCAGCAAUGGUUCAAGGGCAACCAGACUUCUACUCUCUGGUGUUAUGGUGAUCCCGGGGCGGGAAAAAGCGUUUUCACAUCCAUCGCAGUCAGUUACGUCAACGAUGCUACACAAGCUACAAAAACGGCGAUUGCAUACCUCUAUAUUGACCAUAACGAUCCCACAACACACUCCGAACUCGGACUCGUAGCAAGUAUAUGUCGCCAGAUGGUAGAACAAAUUUAUCCGAUCCCUCCCGCAGUGAAGGACUUUCUUGAGAAGAAUGCGGCUCGUAAAAGAAAUCCGAGUGAAGACGAGUGGAUAUCUCUUGCCAUUUCUCUCCGUUCUUUAUUCUCUGACACUUACGUUUUUGUUGACGCCCUGGACGAAUGCCCGACGAGAAAUAGACACAGAUUCAUGCAAUCAUUGAAAAGACUCGAAGGGUCUGUGCGUUUUCUCUUCACCUCUCGUCCUUACAUCGACGAUGUUGCUCAAUUCGGAAAUCUUGUUCGACUAAAGAUUUCAGCAAGCGACUCUGACGUAGAGACUUACUUAGAAUUUGAGAUCAACAACGAUACCAGACUGUGCAAACUUCUUACCAAGGACGGCGGAUUGAAGGACAAGAUAAUUCAGCUCGUGAGAUCGAAUGCCGAUGGCAUGUUCCUACUCGCCUCUCUGCAAAUGGAUCUCUUGCGGGGUCAUAACAACCUUAGGAAAGUGCGGGCCGCCAUGGAUACAUUGUCACCAGAUGUUUAUGAAACUUAUCGCGCUACUAUGCAAAGGAUCAAGAGUCGAGGACCGCAGGAUUACGAACUUGCACAAAAGGCGCUUUCGUAUAUAUAUUGCGCCAAACGGCCGCUCGACAUUGAGGAAAUCCGCCAUGCGCUAGGUAUCGAAUUGCAAGACAACACGCUAGAUGAAGACGCCCUACCGGACAAAGACAUUCUUCUAGAAGUUUCUAUUGGCCUUAUCAGGAUUGAUGAACAGAGCGGCAUUGUAGGCCUAGUCCAUCAUACUCUUCACGAAUUUCUUACACAACAUCCAGAGGAACUUGUCCCUGAUCCUGAUGAUGAGCUCGCAAGGCUUUGUCUUACAUACCUAUCGUUCGAUACUUUCGAAAGCGGGCCAUGCUUUGAUGGGGAUACGUUGUCGCAGCGUUUGCAAGAAUUUCGCCUACUCGAUUACGCUUCCCAUCAUUGGGGACGCCACUUCCAAAGGCAGCUCCCUGAACAGCUAGAAUCAAUCCUAGAAUUUCUUGACCAAAGCAGAAAAUUGGCGGCUUCGGUCCAGAUACUGCAUGUUACCCGGUAUCGAACCAAAGAUUGGUUCACUCGUUAUCCAAAAAAUUUCCGUCCUUCACAUGUUGUGGCAUACUGGGGCUUGGAGAAGGUACUAGAGCUCGUGUUGGAAAGCGAUUUCGAUAUAGAUGCUAAAGACAGUUACGGAGCGACGCCAUUGAUCAUAGCAGCGGAAAAUGGCCAUGUGGAAGUACUCCGUAUCUUGCUUGAUAAAGGUGCAAGUAUUAACGCCGUGAAUUAUCGUGGGGAAUCUGCGCUAUACUGGGCGGCAAGAGUCGGUCAUAAAGCCGCUUUAGAGUUUCUUCUAGACAAAGGGGCUGAUCUUAUAAAAGAUAAUGAGGGAUGGUCAGCUUUGAAUUGGCUGAUUGUGAACGGAGAUGUUGAGUUGGCAAAAGUGCUAUUAAGCAGCAGUGUGGAGCUAGAUACCGAGGAUGACGGAAUCAACGAAGCUCUCAAUCUAGCAGCUGAGGAAGGAAAAGAUGCAAUAGUGCAAAUUCUCCUUGAACACGGCGCCAUUAUUAAUGCUCAGGACUGGGUCGGCAGUACAGCAUUGGACUUUGCUGCCACAGUAGGCCACGAGGCUACUGUACAGGUUCUAUUGGAAAAUGGUGCCAAUGUAAACUCCAAGGACAAAUACGGCAAUUCGGCGCUACACUGGGCGGUUUCGUACGAGGGAGUCGUUCGUCUGUUACUUGAAAAGGGCUCCGAUGUUGAUGCUAAGAAUGACAAUGGGCAAACUCCACUUAUUUGGUCUGCACAAAGUGGUUCAACCACAGUGACUGCAAUACUGCUUGACCAUAACGCAGAUGUUAAUUUGCAGGAUGUUACUGGACUUACGCCUCUUCAUAAAGCAGCUUUAGGAGGGUCUGAAUCUAUUGUUCAAUUGCUAUUGAAAAACGGUGCAGAACCUAACAUUAAAGAUGAAGAUGGGUGGACACCUCUACAUUGUGCUGUUGUGAAGAAGCAUGACAAUUUAGUACAACUACUAAAAAGCAGAGUCGAAAAUGGACAAAUUACAAUUGAUUCAUUGACAUCGCAACUUCAUGAUGUCAGAAAAAAAGCCAAACUUACCAGGCUUGCAGACAAAAAAGCUCAAGGAAGUACAGCACUCACAGGUCUACGUUACGCCGCUCAGGAGGGCCAAGUUGGUAGGAUUCAAAGCAUGCUUGAGAAAGGGGCAGAUAUCAACGCGAGUGAUGCCGGAGGAUUUACAGCCCUUGAAUUAGCUGUUUUUCAAGCACAGAUGAAAGCCGCCGAAGUGCUUCUUGAAAAUGGGGCAGAUCCGAAUAAACGCGGAUCUGAUGAGAAGCCACCGUUGGCAUGGGCUGUUGAAGGGAACAACGAGAGUAUGGUGCGCCUGCUUAUUGAACAUGGGGCAAACGUUCAAACAAGCGUCGAUGGCUUCACCCUGAUGCAUCUUGCAGUCGAUAUUGGAAAUAUUGCAAUUGUGCAGUCGCUUAUUGAUGCAGGCAUUGAUAUCCAGGCAAAGGAUCCAUCCGGACAGGCAGCGAUACACAUUGCCGCUGUAAAUGGUCGAGAAAAAAUAGCGAUGGCCUUGAUUGAGGUCGGAGCGAAUCUAAACGAUCUUGAUAGCCGCGGAAGAACACCACUAGUUCUUGCCACGGAGAAUUUGCACCACAAGUUGGUGAAAUUGUUCCUAGAAAGAGGAGCAUCUCUUGCAAACAAAAGCCAAGAUGGCUACAGUACACUCGAGAUGGCAAAGGUUUUGGACGACGAGGAUAUGGUACAGUUACUCAUAAAAAGUGAACCAGACUCACACGGCGUUGUACAGAACACCCUUGAUGGGUUAUCUAUUUCAGAUCCGGUAACGAGUAACGACUGUUUGAAAAGCGAAUGA